CAAUGGAUGACAGAGACUCUUUUUGGUCGCUUCGCAUAUCAGACAUAUCCAACCACAGCAUUCUGAUUUGCUGGCGUGUUGCCAGAUCUUAGGCUAUUCGUUGAAUAAUUAACCUCGAACGUACUCUAGAUCUGCAAAAAUGUCUAUCGUGGUGAAAAGCGUGUGCAAGGCUUUGGAACGAAUCGCGCCUCUUCGACUCGCUGAGCCAUGGGAUAAAGUAGGCCUGAUCAUAGAAUCUCCCCUCCCCAGGGCCGACGCAAAGCGCGUAGUAUUGACGAUCGAUCUGACUACUGCUGUCCUGGAGGAGACACUAAAAGUGCCUACAGCACUGGUAAUUGCCUACCACCCACCCCUCUUUCAACCAAUCACUUCUCUCACAUUGGCAAACCCACUGCAAGCUUCCCUACUCAAGCUCUCAGCCGCAGGGACGUCAGUCUUCUGCCCUCAUACGAGCCUCGAUGCGACUUGGGGUGGUAUCAACGACUGGCUUGCAGAAGGUGUCAUAGGUCCCCAGAAGGCUACUGCAAAAGUUAACAUCCUAGGAGAAGUCAAGGGAGAAGCAGGUGGUGCCGGCCGGAUCGUGACGCUUGAUGAACCGAUUCAUAUCGAGGAACUUGUGCAGAGAGUAAAGAAGCAUCUCUCUUUGUCACAAGUUGACGUAGGACGACCACUUUCUGAAAAAUCGAUUAAAUCGGUUGCAAUCUGUGCAGGUGCUGGAGGAACGAUGUUUUCAGGAGUCGAUGCUGACGUGUAUUUCACGGGGGAAAUGCAACAUCACGAGGUCCUUGGCGCAGUCGCAAAGGGUCGAUACGUCAUACUAUGUGGUCAUACAAACACCGAGCGCGGGUACCUCCCUGUUCUGGCAAAGAAGCUUUCGGACACACUUUCCGACCUUGCGCAGGACGAGUCGCCAAAUGGAUUGUCGCAAGAAGAAAGAACCGAGAUCAAGAAGUAUCAGCUGGACAUCCACGUCAGCGAAGCAGACAGGCACCCUCUUGAUCACAUGUAACAAACACCUGUGCCAGAGGGUUGGGGUAUUUGAUUACGCCUAUAUAUAACAUAUAGGUCAAGCCUUUUUUCAUGAGACAGUAUGGUCAGAUCUGUCACCUUUCGGAACCACAAUUUGCCUUCAUCAAACGCAAAUGCAAGAACUGAACAAAAUGCACAUGGUGCACAUGUCCUACAAGCUCAUAGCCGUCCACGUCACUCGACCCUGCGCUCGACU